AUGACGGGAAAAGGGAGGAAGAAGGAGGUGAAGAGAGAGAUAACUGCGCCGGCUAUAGCUCAAGAGAGUAGUAGGAGACAAAAAUCGAGGGCUUUAUGGCAAUGCUUGAAAGCAUAUCACCCUGAAUGUGUGGGGAUAGCUGACUCGUUUUUGACAAGUGAUAAACGUUGGAUAUGUGGAUGGCAUAAAUGCUUAGUUUGCCUGAGAAGUCCAAAUUAUCACUGUUAUUGUUGUGAUAGAGCUGUAUGCUCUCGGUGCAUUGGUCGAGUCGAGUUUGUCCUUCUUAAAGGGAAGUAUGGAUUCUGCAAUAACUGUUUAAAGCUCGCAUUGCUCGUGGAAGAAGACGUGAAUGUUGAUUCUGAUGGGGAAUGCGUAGACCUCAGAGAUCGGGAAACAUACGAGGGCCUUUUCAGGGAGUAUUACGAGAUAGUAAAGGAAAAAGAAGGCUUUGACAAAAACAGUGUUCUUGCUGCUAAGGCUCAACUAGACAAGGAAAAAAGUUGCCGAAUUAACUCUGAUUCUGAUAAAUGUAGUGAUGAAGAGGAUGAAUUUAGUGAAGAGGAUGAGCAAUUCGCUUCGGACGAUGGAGAUUUAAAUGACGGAGAACCUUACAAGAAAGGACUUAAAAAGAAGAGAUGUACACAGCAAAAAACAAAGAUGCAAAGAAGAGUAAAGUCAAAGAAAAAUGAAUUUGUCGGAUGGGGAUCAAAAGCUCUAAUUGACUUUCUUCAGUUUAUUGGCCAAGAUACUAGAGAAAAAUUAUCUCAAUAUGAUGUGACCUCGAUCAUAAGUAAAUAUGUAAAAGAACAUAACCUUAUCCAUCCAGUUAAAAAGAAAAGGAUCGUUUGUGAUGUUUGGUUACAAGCUGUUUUUGGGAAGAAAGAGGUCAACAGACACAGAAUAUAUAGCCUCCUUGACAGCCACUUCAUUGAAAAUGAGGAGCGAUCGAAAAAGGAUAAGCUUGAUCAUGAUCUUGAAGACAAUGACACAGAAAAGUUGGUGGCUGAGAAAAAGGCUGAACAAAACAAGAUGUCCUCAGUUAAGUAUUCCACUGCAGCUCAAAGUCCAGCUGAACAAAACAAGAUGUUGUCAGUUAAGUAUUCAACCGCAGCUAAGAGUCCGUUUGCAGCCUUGAUUCCUGAAAAUAUCAAACUUGUUUACCUGAGGAGGAGCUUGGUGCUGGAGAUUAUCAAACAGCCUCAGCCAAUAGAAGCAAAGAUUAUAGGAAGUUUUGUCCGGAUCAAGUUAGAUCCACGUGAUUACAGGCGGAGUAACUCUCAUCAGCUUGUGCAAAUUGCAGGGAUCAAACGCGGAUCAAGCGAUGAGUGCAACAGUGAGAUUUCUCUUCAAGUUUCAAAUAUGUCCACAGAUGUUUGCUUGACCAUGCUUUCUGAUGAUGAGUUUUCUAAGGAAGAAUGUGAUGAUCUGAGAGAGAAGGUGAAAAAAGGCCUGCUUAAAAAGCCUACAAUUGUGGAGCUUGAACAGAAGGCUAAAAUCCUUCAUGAAGACAUCACAAAGCAUAGGAUUGCUCGAGAGCUGGAUUUGUUGAAGAAACUCAUUGACCGGGCAAAUGAGAAAGGAUGGAGAUAUGAACUUUUCCAGCAUUUGGGGAGAAAAAAGCUCCUACAGCAACCUUCAUACCUGCCAUCUGUGCUACAGAAUAUUCCGGGAGUGAUUCCUGAGGAAGUAGAGCUUGAAGCUCUGGCUAAGGACGAAAGCGACGGUAAUCAGAUGAAGCAAUGCUCAGAUAAGACCACCUCUCCAAAGCAGAAUAUUCCGGGAGUGAUUCCUGAGGAAGUAGAGCUUGAAGCUCUGGAUAAGGACAAGAAGGAUUGCAGUCAGUUGCAGCAAUGCUCGGAUGAGAUGAUCAAAGUUGUCAUCUUCAAAGAGGAAGAUGGUGCAGCUCGUCAACCCUCUCCUUCAAAACUUCAGUAGCUCGUCAAAGAUGCAUCUAUCAGUUGCAGAUAUUACCUUGGUAUAUUAGUUGCUAGAAAGGUUUUUCAGUUCUAGCUUUGUUUUCUAUAUUAUAGCCAGUUAGACUUUUUCCAGACUGCUCUAGCUAUAAGAAAAGCCGGAUGAACUCGUUGUAAACUUUUUGGGCUUGGAACUUUUGGGUCUUCCCUGUUGUGCACACUGAAAAACGGGGAAAAUUUUUCAAGUAGGCAUAUUAAUGUGGAAAAUCAUCUAAGUGGUGAUAUGAAUUACCUUUAGAUUUGGCA